AUGUUACUGUUGAUAACUAUCAACAUGUGUCAUGGUUCUUAUCGUGUUGGUGUGAACUCGCGGCGACUCUAUUUGCUACGACGUAGCGGCGGUUCUAAUUGCUAUGAUGUUGAGACUUGGUUGCUCUGGUUAAAUCCGACAUUGAAGAUGUGGGGCGGGGGUGGUUCAGAUGAUGUGGUGGUGGUUUUGCGAUUCCUAUGGCUCUUUGAGUUCAAAUUAAUAAGGUCCAGUUACCAUCAGUCCAAUUCUCUGUAUAUUUUUUACCAGCUUCUACUUCUAUGGUUAAUUUACGGUCUUUUCCUGAUCUCUUUUUUUCUUAUCUCUGUAACUCAGUCUCUCUCGCUGUACGCGAUAAAUCCUGUUUCUCUUCAUCGCUUUAACCCCUCUGAGGAAUGCCAUUUGGGUAUUCUUGCAUGUGUAUCAAACGUCUUCAAAAUGGGAAGCCAUCAGAAGAAAGUGAAACUGAAUCAAGUUAAAGCUAAUUGGACGCCUGUGCUUCAUGAAAUGUUCAUUGACUUGUGUCUUGAACAGAUAUCAAUGGGAAAUAGGCCUGGGACGAGUUUCAAUAAAGAUGGUUGGAUGAAUAUUUUGAAUUCAUUUCACACAAGGACUGGUCUGGGGUAUGAUAAGGUUCAAUUGAAGAAUCAUUUAGACGUCACCAAAAAACACUGGACAACCUGGCAUCAAUUGGUUUCUACUGACGCAAUGAAAUGGAAUCCAGAGACUCGAAGGUUUGGUGCCAGUGAAGAAGAAUGGACCGAGUAUUUAGAGGCAAAUCCUGAUGCUGCUCAAUUUCGGUUCAAGGAGCUUCUAUUUGCUGAAAAAUUAGACAUCAUUUUUGGUGUAGCUGCAGGUUCUGGAGGAACAAUAAGACCUCUUAGACGUAGGAGGCACAACUAUAGUUCGACUUUGACAACACAGCCAUCUACUCGACCAAAAAAGCACCAUAAUUACUUGACUGAAAGAGGAGCUUCUAAUCAUUUUGCAAAGCAUCAAGAUGAUUCAAUGAACACGAGUUAUAAUGCAAUAGAGCGAGUGACUGCGAUACCUGAUAGCAACAUAGAGCGUUGUUAUGAUGCUGUUGAAUCAAGGAGCUUUAUGACUAUUCAAUCUCCACAACCCAGGCCCAGUUAUAGUAUUGAAGAUUGCAUUAAGUGCCUAGAUACAAUUGAGGAACUUGAACAAGGUGGUGAACUCUACUUGUUUGCUCUAGAUAUAUUCCUGAAGCAGGAAUACAGGGAGAUUUUUCUUAACUUAAAGAAGUCAAGCACGAGGAUUGCAUGGUUAGAAAAGUUGCAAUCAGUUGGUCCACAAUUGCCUUCACAUUCGGAAGCUUAAUGUGCUGGAUUGGAUAGUAGUUUUUUGUUGUGUGCACAAAAUCGUCUUAGUGGAUCCUUUAUAGUCGUGAUAUUUCUGUGACCUCAAGAACUUGAAUGUGUAUUAGAAACAGAGGAGUUUUAUCCUGAAUCUCCUGAACAUGUAAGGAUUCAGUCUUUUGUUUUUGAUAUUCAGGAAUCAAUGCAGAAACCAAGCUUUACUCAAUGAGCUCUGGAAUUUUUAUAA